AGUCUCGCUGUCACUACUGGUCUAUUGGAGAGGGACGACCCGUAUCAAAGUCCUACGCGUGUUCACAAAGUUCUCACGGUUGGUUGACAGUGUAUUCAUUCAUCAAUUUCUGGUUGACUUCAUCAUCGUAACUUCAAGCUCAUUUUCCUGCUUUCUUGAUAUUCAACUUUCCAAGACUGCCUAGUGGUUUCAGAUCUCGUGGCCAUUCAGGAGUCAUUGCUGACCGUGUCAACAUGAAACGGUUUUCAUCACAAGACACAAGCUGUCCUUCUGAAAUCGACCCGUUGAUGCAACGUAUAUUGUCAUUAGAGAAAGAGCUCAUGCAGAAGUCCACUAGGUCGCGACGGAAAAGUGAACAUGGAGAUACCAGGGAACUAAUGAAUAAGCUCGUCCUCCUCAAGAGACAGCGCAAUGAUCUAUCCUUCAUAUUUCGGCUACCGAACGAACUGCUCACUUCCAUUCUCAUGACUUGCCGAUCAAUUCCAGACGAGUACGACUAUCAGUUGCAACGGUAUCGAACAUUUGCGCACAACGCAGUGCUGUUCAUGUCACAAACCUGUCAUCGCUGGCGCGAAAUUGCUCUGGCGUUUCCUGGUCUCUGGGCCAUCAUACGCUCAACGCACCCAGGAUUUCUCAGAGGCACUCUCCAACGCGCAGGAGAAGUGCCCUUGUCAAUCGAUCUAAAUACACAUCCCCAUGACGACUAUGUGUCCUCCAAGGUUACUAACAUCCUUCAACGCAUCAUUCUCCAGGAGUUGCAUCGUUGUCAACAGCUGAAGCUUAGAACUGCAGUUGAGAACUACCGCAAGAUAUGUGAGGGUGUCGACCGGGUGAAGCCGAUCCUACCUCACCUGGAGUCUCUCGGACUUGAUUUACCCAGCGGAUGUAUGGGUUGGAUUCCCAAGUAUUCCACCACGGACUAUUUCUUGUCUCGUUCCGUUCCGCGGCUAAGGCGCCUCAGUACUUCCGAUAUGGGCUUUGAAUGGUGGAGUUCCAAGUAUAUCCCACCAAAUAUCACUCAUCUAACCAUAAAGAUGGUGGAUGCAAAUGAGUGGGCCCACGAGCGGUGCUCUAUGGCGGACAUCUUCGCAUGCCUGCGACGUCUCUCUUCGUUGGAGGAACUGGAACUCAAAGAUGCUCUCCCCGUCUUACAAGAGUUCGCAUCGUUGGCUAUGGUUGCCGGGGAGGAAACUGUUGUACUGCCGAGGCUACAAAAGUUGACAGUGGAGUCACUUCUCCCCGAAGGUGCAUACUUUGCGAAUCGUCUGGUCAUACCGUCUACGACGUCAAUCAAAACCUGGGGGAACACGGAUGAUUGGGGAAAAGACAUUCCUUUGGCUUUGCCGAAUUAUGCGCGCCGCCUUGCAGGAGAACAUAUGAUCGGCCCUCGAGUUCCUUUGCGCGCAAUUCUAUUCGGCCCAGACGACGAUUACGGAAGCUACAUGGCUUUCACCGGUUUCACGAAGGUCCAUCGAUCCGACGAUAUGCUUCUUCUUACUGCGCCAACUGAUUUCCAUCUUACCGUAUCCGGCCCGUAUGGGGGUUAUUUUACGAUCAUGCCGUCCGUGUGCACCCAGUUCAAGGAAGUCAUCACUGAUGUGGAGUUCCUUUGGAUAUCAGAAAUGGGGCACAUCCCCGUUGAACAAUUCCUAAGCCUAUUCUCACAUUUGGAACAUCUCCGGACGCUGGCCUCAGAUAAGGCAACAGCGAUAUUUAUGGCACAAGUGUUAACGGUUACAAGCAAUCGGGCUGAUACUCAUGACAGCAAUGAUCUUGUAUUCCCCAGCUUGGACACGUUGGAAUUCGGUUCUUUCACCUUCAAGGGCAAGAAUAAAGGCGGGAUCGCUGCUGAUCUGAUGUGGCAAAGUCUUGUUGCAGGGUUAAGAAGGCGUCGUGUAUGUGGGAUGGGGCUCAAAUAUUUGGUUUUCCGUGACUGUUUAAAUGUAAGCAAGGCAGAUAUCGAAGCUUUGAAAUCUGAAGGCUUGAUUGAGGAGGGGUACUUCCGGUCUUGUGGUUGUGGAUGUGAGGAUGAAGAAGAUAUUGUGGAUUACAUGGAUGAUGUGUUGGGUGACUAUGAGGAACCCUUCAUUCGCGGACCCGUAGUAAUAUGCGGCUCUGAUGUUUCACUUGACUCGGAAGAUUAGUGAUGUUGGAUGCGGAGGAGUGUGGCAGGGCGCCAACUUGCUUAAGGACAUUGGCCUAGGGUCUUUUGCUUGCAGGUGAACAUAGAUGCAUUCAUGUAAAAUCUUGCUUCCUCUGAUCAUGAUGAAUACCAUUCCAACCUCAGAUGUCCGACAUACUGUACAUUAAAUUGACCUGUAUGACUGCCUUGUUAGGUGGAGUUUUCCAAGAUAUCACCGUGGCGAACUGUUCAUGAGAUGCUUGCCCGUUAAACAUAGGCGGACUUCUAGUAGAGAGUAAUUCGUGAGAUUGUACAAUGCGAGUGUCUCGUCUCGA